AUGGAUGACUCGUCAAGAAUAUCUUAUCCAUUUUCAAUAGAAGAGCUCAAUUUUACCUCAAAUAAUAAAUCUCAUGAGCAGUCUGAGCUAGUCACUGUGCACAAUAGCAUUAUAAAAGCAAGCUCAGAAAUAUCUCGACUUCGUAAAGAUGGCUCCAUGUCAAAUAAACGUGUAUUUUUGACAGUGCGACAUUUCCUGGAUAAACUUUGUUCGAGGCAUUAGGACUGUUAAAUUUUAUCUAAAUAGCUAUUUAAACAUUUUGAACCAAUUUUCUUCCAUGAAAUGCACACUAUUAAAAGUAAAAGAUCAUUGAGCCUACACUCCAUAAAGAUCGUAAAGCAUUCAAUAACGCAUUGAAUUUUUCUCAAUCCAAAUGUGAAAGCUUAGAAAAGAAGGUUUUUGAGCUGCAUGAAACAUUGAGACAAAUGAAUGAUGCAAAUAUAUUGCUCAAAGGGCAAUUAACUGAAAUGCAUCAAGAGUUGUCAAAAAUAGAUGAAUUGAAAAUUAUUAUGAAUGAAAAAGAUUUGACUAUCCAAGAUUUACAGUUAAAGUUAUCCAUAUAUGAAAAAUAUGAUUUUAAUAAAAGACGUGAAACUGAUUUUUUGCAAAGCAUUUAUCAGGCAGGAAAAAUCCUUAAAAGAGAAUUAAAAACUGAAGAAACGCAGCCUUCGCAAACUCAGCCUAGUUCUAAGUAUUACGAUGAAAUAAAAUCUUAUGGCUACGUUUUAAUUGAUGAAAUUUACAAUAUGCCAUCAAUUUCCUUUCUAUUUAAAAAAUAUGCAAUUGAUGCUGUACAAUAUAAAGACCUUCUUUUAAAAGAGGAGUGAGAUAUUGCACUAUUAAAACUCUUGAAAUUUACUUUUGAUAUCUUGAAGAGUCUAGAGUACAUAGAAGAAGUAAAAAGCAAGCAGCCAAUUCAAUUAGAUUUAUUAUCAGUUUAAUGUCUAUUGCCAGAUUGCAUACUGCCUCUGCUGCCUACAGCUCUGGGGUAAAAUUUGCGCUAUCUUCCCCCUGCCCGCCAAAGUGUAGUCACCUUGACUUUGUUACACGACGAGUACACCAGUCUUUGAAAUUUGGGCUUCAAUGACUCUUUUUUGAGCUCAGGUUUUCUAUUCGGGUCCGUAUUGCACCCUAAAGGUCACAGUUUCCACCACCUGGGUCGGUGGUGCCCUUCUGGAAAAUUUGAUUUCCUAAGGCUAGUAGUCUGGUAGGAAAAAUCACUUCCCCAACUUAGCUGGGAUAAUUUUAUCAGUGGAAGCUAAACUUCAUAGCUAAAAUAUGCAAGAGAUGAAUUAUCGGUCGGGAGACCAGCAAAUUUGCGCUAUUCCAUAUUUUAAUUAUAAAACCAAGCAGCCAGCUAUUAAAAAUAAUGAUACCACAAAAAGGGCGAAACUUGAGAGAUUUGAUAUAAGUGAAGGACUUAUUGAAAACUUGCAAACUCAAAGCAAAAGAUUAGCGAAGCUAAACGAAGAUCUUACCAAAAAUAUUUCAAAUUUAAGAGGCUCCAUUAAAAUUGGUAAAAAUAAUCAGCACAAACGAUCGUUCUCACAAGUAUUUUCACCAAAUUUAAGCAGCUUUAAUGAACUGGAUGAAAAGCUUGAAAAAGCAGAGCAGAAAAUGGGCGAUAAUUUGAAUUUUGAAACUCUUAUAAUUGACGAUACAAUAAAUCUUGAGCCGAAACCUGUAAUAAUCCCUAACGCAGCCAAUCGGUCAAGAGCUGCUUCAGUAAAAAUCAACCGAGAACGAAGUAGAGCUCCUACUCAUUAA